GAGCGAGGCGGCGCUGCGGCUGCCGGGCUCCAGGCGCCGUUCCGACUUCUUCCCGGGGACACUGCUGAAUCUGCUCUGCAUUCCCUAUCUGGCUCAGUGUUCUCAGUCUCCCUUUGUCAACAGAGAGUGGAAGCUUGUGAAUUGGAGAACUCCCAGCUUAAAGUAUAGAACCCAGCAAGUACCACAGGCCCAAUGGAGCUGAACAGACAAAGCAAGGAGACAAAAGCAGAGAAUGGACAGGAGAUGAGAAAGUCUGAGCUCGAAACUGCGCCAGAAGAAAAGGAGGCAUCAACGACAGAGAUGCUACAAAGCACACCGCUGGACAUCAUUGACAUUGGGAAAGGUUUGAAGAUGCAGUCAGAGAAACCCCAUUUAGUGAGUCUGGGUCGUGGCCGCCUGAGUAUUGCUAUUACACUGCUGCCAAUAAAUGAGGGUACAACUAGAAUCGGCACUGAGGACGCCCCUGUACCUCAGGAUAUUAUAUUACAAGGGGAGGAUGUAGCAGCUGAACACUGCUACAUUGAAAACCAAAAGGGGAUGAUCAAGCUGUACCCAUGUGGAAACUGCUGCACGAUGGAUGGACUUCCAGUAAAAGAACCCACUCAACUAACACAGGGUUGCAUUCUAUGCUUGGGUCAGUCAAACUACUUUCGUUUCAACCAUCCCAUAGAAGCCAGACGAAUCAAGAACAUGAAGCCCGACAAUGAGAUCUUAAUCUCCUCACCCAACUUCAUUCCAGAUUGUCCCAGUGUCAGAGAUCGCCAGGCGUUGACGCGGAGCCCGCUCUCCAGACCGUUGGCAUUUGAACGCGGUUGCCAUGGUAGCGUGGAGGACGACGCCCCUCACGAGGCGCUGAGCCUGACGACGUUGACCCGCUCCGAGGGCCAGGCCAGGAGCUCCUCGGACGAGCUAGCGGCUGACGCGAGGCGCAUCACGACCAGGACCACCACCAGCCGCCUCGCCAUGCCGCCACUUUACCCGCCGUAUUCACCCCCUUCGGCGGACUGGCAGUCCGGCGGCGCCUUCCAACGGUUUUUCCCUUCCCGGUCGCCGGUGAACUCGGCCGGUUCCCCCCCUCCCCCGCACAGCCCCCCAUCACCGACGGUUUGCUCCGUUUACUCUGAAGCCUACCGGGGAGGAGUGGGGUCGAGGAGGAGGAGGCCGCCGGAGCUGUGGAACGGAUCGAGGUCUCCCGGCUUGGGUUACGGGGAAGGACUCUCCCGGCGGGCCGCGUGGGACGACUCGACAUUAUCGGCGGGAAGCGCCCGUUAUGGCGCCGGGCCCUUCCGUGCCGUCGCCGACCGUGGGAAGGAGUCAGCCAGCGUGCCAUCGAGCCCCCGGCUGGCCCGGAGGCUCUACCUGCCCUGCAGCCCCGUCGAUUCCUACGGCCCCGGCCGGGAGAGGAUGGUCGUUGGCGAUGGGGUUCUCGGGUACAGCGCCCGGGCGAGGGAGAGCUCCGGGACUUCCCUCCGGCUCACGGGGGCGCACAGCCGCUCCCUGCCCAAGCUACACAGGGCAGGGGACUGCCAACUGACUCCCUUCACAUCUAUCCAGCAGGCCGAGUGGCUUCAGGCAAGGGGCGCCACUGAUGAAUCCAGGGAAUUGGCUCCAAGGUAUUUCCCUCUGCCCAUGAAGGAAUCAUUUUAUUCCCACCCCGGCCAAGCCAGUAUUGCCACCGAAGGACUCGAGGAGCACCGCGCCUCGGGGAGCCCGAGGGUGGCUCAGAGGAUCGCCUUGGCUUCGCCCAAUUCCCCCCAGGGCCGAGCGGCGGACAGUGCAUUCGACAGCCCCGGGAGGAAGGAGCUCCAGAAUGGAGGGGGCGCCUUCCCCACCGAGACGCUCGACCAGACAUUCCGGGGCUGGGGCAGCGCGCUGGAGGGCGACGCGGGGAAGCCAGCGGCCGGCCCGCGAUCAGCAUCGCCCCCCGCCUUCCGCCGCCGCACCAACAGCAUCAGCUCGAUCGGGGGCAACGAGGAGGAGCUCCUGGAUUACCACCAACAGCAGAAGGAGGAGAGGCUCCGGGAACAGGAAAUGGAACGCCUGGAACGCCAGCGUCUGGAAACAAUUUUGAACCUCUGUUCAGAAUACAAUAAAACAGAUGAAAGCACAGCAGGGGCAGUGGUGAGCAACAUCGAGAAGAUUGGAGAGGAGCUCCAGAAACUGGCCCUGUCACCAAACAGAGUGCAGUCCCCACAACUGGAGCCCAGUGAGUGCAAUGAAACAGAGAUGAGGGCGUUUGCGAGACCCUAUCACAGCUCGUCCUCUGCAUUUGAUUUCAGCCCAUCUGAUCAAAGAUCAGCCAGACAGCCAGGUGUCCCAGAAGUGGAUGGCUAUGCUGAGUUAAACCGUCUCCGUUCCGGGAGGCCUUUCCAAGUGAUGUCUUCCAGUCCAUCCGAGCACUGUCGGAGGUACUCAGCUGACUCCCCAUCAUCGUCUUCUCCAAGGGCCCCUCGCCAGCUGAUGAGGAAUGCUGGAGACAGAGCAAGUCCAUAUGCUGAUAGUGUGGAGCCAGGUGUCUCGGACAACAUCUGCAAUGUGGAAGAGAAGGAAUUGGCUGAGAGGAACGUGAAAGAGAGAAUUACCCAAUUGGAGGCAGAAUGUGUGUGCAUCUUGAAUAAUGUGGAAGAAAUUAACAGGAAGAUCAAAGAGCUAGACAAUCAGAUGGAGGAGUCCUCACAAGAGAUGGAGAUGGAGCGUGCCUUGUUAGAAGGGGAGAGGAACGCUGAGAUUUCGCAUGCCCAGUAUGAGAAAGAUGUUUUGGAGCAGCUACAGAAGAAGAUAACUGACUUGGAGACUAAUGUCACAUCCGAAAAGGUGAAGGAUGGUGAGCAGUUGGAUUCGGAGAUAAGACGAUAUGACGAUUUAGAGUUUCAGCAACUGGAACAGGAGAGCCGGCUAGAAGAAGAGAAGGAGAAUCUGUCCAAACAACUCCUGGGUGAAAUGGCUGAGUAUCAACAGAGCAUUGCAACGCGGGAGAAAAGAAUCGCAUCACUCGGAAGUCAGGCGGGGCAGAUUGUGCAACAAGCUGAGUUGGAGCGUCAGCAUUUUGCAAAGGAGAAGAACAGUUUACUUGCUAUGUUGCAGAGAGAGAAAGAGAACCUGAUGAAUGUCGAGAAGAUGUAUUACGACAGUACAGGAGGGGCAGGCCUCCCUAUUAAUCCGAAUACAUUUAAGGAGAACUGCCGGACUCUGGAGGACAGGAGAAAACUGCAAAAAGAAGGCUUAUACCUCAGCGAUACAGUGCCAAGGAAAAAAAUCAGCUCGACUGCUGUAUCUAAGUACAGUAGUUCAACUCUGGGCCAUAAUUCAACCCCUAAGUCUCAUUCACCGCUGGUUCAGAGUAACAGCUGCAGCAACAUUCUACCUCACAACCUGACAACGGCUGUCAAGGAUUUGGAUAUUAGGAGGGCACAAGGGCACAAAGGGAAAACAAGAAAAGGACCAGCCUCUCAUUCCAAGGGGACUCGUAGAAAAGGAUCUCGACAGCACCGUGCCAGUGAUGAACAGAGGCUUGGGGCACAGGAUGAAACCAGCCCUGGAGUUGAUCGUUCUCCCUACAACAAUGGAUAUAAGGAUAGGACUUUUGACACUCUGAGUCUGGACAGCUCUGACAGUGUGGACACUAAUGUCUCAGCAUGUUCUCCAGACAAUAUUUCAAGUGCCAGUACAUUUAAUGUUGCCAAACUUGAAGAAAUGGAACGUCUGCUAAAGGAAGCCCAAGCAGAAAAGGCCUGGCUAAUUGAAAGCAAAGAGCGAGAAAUGGAAGCCAAGAAACAAGCUCUGGAGGAGGAGAGGAGUCGUAGGGAACAGCUGGAAAGGAGACUACAGGAGGAGACAGAACGCAGGCAACAGCUCAUCGAGAAAGAAGUUAAAAUGCGAGAGAAACAGCGAUCACAGGCCCGACCUCUGACUCGCUACCUCCCAGUCAGAAAGGAAGAUUUUGACCUGCGAACCCACAUCGAAGCAGCCGGGCACAAUGUGGAGACCUGCUACCAUGUGUCCCUCACAGAGAAGACAUGUAGAGGCUUCUUGAUCAAAAUGGGUGGCAAAAUUAAAACCUGGAAGAAACGUUGGUUUGUUUUUGAUCGUAACAAGCGGACUCUGUCUUAUUAUGCAGAUAAACAUGAAACCAAAUUAAAAGGAGUGAUAUACUUUCAGGCAAUCGAGGAGGUCUAUUAUGACCAUUUGAAGAGUGCGCACAAGAGUCCCAACCCCCUGCUUACCUUUAGCGUGAAGACAAGAGACCGAAUCUUCUACAUGGUAGCACCAUCGCCUGAGACCAUGAGAAUUUGGAUGGAUGUCAUUGUGACAGGGGCUGAAGGUUAUACUCAGUUCAUGGUUUAGGGAGAACUUCAUAUCAUUGUAACCUCAUUUUGCAUGCAAAGUUUAUAUAUAUCUGUAUGAAAUGAGACUCAUUCUACAAACCACUGCCAUGACUUUAUCUAUGUUACCUUGAAGGUUUUGACAAUUAUAUGUUUUAAUCAUUAAACUAACAAAUUAUUUUACUGAAAUUGCUGUAAGUUUCUGCCUAAUGCAGAUCCACUGCAGCUGUUGGCAAAUUUGUGUAUGUCUCAGUGCCAAGUAUACAUGCCCAGGUGUGUGUCUCAGUGCUAGGUAUUUGUGCUCAGGUGUGUUUUGGUGCCAGGUAUACAUACCCAGGUAUGUGAUCAUGCCUCCUGAAUAAUGUCCCAGGGCUGUGAGUGCCCUUUACUAGGCCUAAAAGAUGGUGAUCCUAUUUUAAAGUGGUCCAGACGUAUUCAAAGGACAUUCUUGUAUUUUUGAUACAGUAUUAAAAUAGUUAGCUGGUCUAAGUUAUACAGAAUAAGAUCAUGUUUAUAUAUUUCGAUUCAUAAUCUCCACUUGCCAAGGAAGUCUUUCCUCUCCCCAGUAAGACCCCAGGCCCCUGAGUAAACUGGGUCCCUGCCAAAAGUACACAGUCCCUUCAAGCGAAAUUGCCAGGAUCUAAAAUGAACAAGGAUCUCUGCAAGAACUGCACCAUUGGAUACUGUGUCUAUUCAGGAAGCACACUUUGUUUCCCCAAUAAUAAUUUCAUUUAAAAAUAAAAAGUUUGAUAUUGGUGCUUUUAGAGGCAGACGAUGAAAGUAAUCUUCUAGAUUGCCCACCAGCAGUGACAUUGUUAUUUCUGGUCAGUGCUGAUCUUUCUCUUGGCCUGAGAAUACUGGUGCUACUACCUUGAGAUGAAUUCCUCUGAAAAUGGUGAGUGUACCAGGGGAAGAGGCUGUUACAAGCACUAAGGUCAGUUACAGAGUAGAGAGUUCAGAGGCUUUGUAAAUCCAAAAGGUUUAAACACAGACCUGUCAAAGUCUGAUGGUGGGAAGCCCACUUUUCAGCCAAAACUUCUAAAAUUGCCAAUGGUUUAUAACACAAGAACCCCCCUGGAUAAUCAUAAUCAGCUUAGUGUGGCUGCUGUUAAUGGAUCAGUUAGUUUAUCAGCUGUCUUUCUACAUGCAUAUAUGUUCAAUAUUUAUUCAGUAUUAUUUUAAUAGUAUAUGUAAGGAUUACAAAUAUGUACGGAAUUUUAUAUGCUACACAGUUUGGAUUAUUUUCCUAUUUAAAAUGUAUUUGAUAUAAAAUGACAUCUUGCAAGGAAUCUAUAAGUUUGAAUAAAAAAUGA